ACAAUCAACGGCCAAAUUACCGUCAAGGCCGAGUUCCGCUCCGCCUUCGCGAUCAAAUGGAACAUGUUGGCUUUCACUACGAUCCUGACUGCGACUACAGCCUGCAUGGUGCCAUUGGAGCAAUGGAUAUUAUUUGUAUGCAUUGCUAUGCAGCGAAGUUUCGAGGAGAAACAGCUGGCAUGUGCUGCUCCAGUGGCAAAGUGAAACUGCCUGCAUUGGAACCGCCACCAGAACCAUUACAUUUCUUGCUCACAGGAGAAUCGCCGACGUCUAAGCAUUUCUUGCAGAACAUACAAGCAUACAAUUCAUGCUUUCAAAUGACUUCUUUUGGUGCCACAAAGAUCAUUAGAGAUUCAUUUAUGCCGACGUUCAAGAUUCAGGGACAAAUAUACCAUCGAGUAGGCUCGCUCAUACCAUUUGCCGACGCCGACUAUCAAUUUUUGCAAAUAUAUUUCAUCGGUAAUGAAAAUGACCAACUAAAUCAACGAUGUAACAUUGCAAUCGGCACAAGGCGAGAAAUCGUACCAAAUUUGCAAAGAUUUCUCAAUGAACACAAUGAAUUAAUUCGAUUGUUCAAAAUCGCAUAG